GCCCUAAGCUCUCACCGCCAGCGCACAGUGAGCACGGGACAAAACAAGUGUCUCCUCCUCUCAAACGAAGGCGAGAUAUUAUUUUGGGGCAUCAGCAAGCACAGACUAGCCUGGGCACCAUCCCAUACCGUUACGCCGCCGCCACUCGCCCCCCUCUUCCCUCGACCAUCUUUCCGCAGCCAGAACUCCAGCUAGUUACGUAUCCUGCCCAAGAUGGACAACAACCAGCAAGACCUCGAGUCUGCGAACUACAUCGACAAUGCAAUGCGCGCCGUGCAGGAGAAGAAGCCGCUGCCUGAAAUCGACUUUAGCCUGCACACCAUGGAAGACGGCACACAAGUGAGCACUUUGGACCGCGUGUGCAAAGACGUUCAGGCACCCGCCUUCCUCCCACCGACCGACGACCAAUUCUUUUCGCCCCAAGACCGGUCAAAGCCCAAUAUUCAAUUCCUGAAGCAGCAUUUCUACCGCGAAGGCCGCUUGACUGAGCAGCAGGCGCUAUGGAUCCUAAAGAAGGGCUCAGAGGUUCUCAGGGCGGAGCCCAACCUUCUGGAGAUGGACGCACCGAUCACAGUGUGCGGAGAUGUACACGGACAGUACUACGACCUCAUGAAGCUGUUCGAGGUCGGCGGCGACCCUGCAGAGACAAGAUACCUGUUCCUGGGCGACUAUGUUGAUCGAGGUUACUUCAGCAUAGAGUGUGUCUUGUACCUAUGGUCCUUGAAGAUCUGGUACCCAAACACGCUCUGGCUGCUCCGCGGGAACCACGAAUGCCGUCACUUGACUGACUAUUUCACGUUCAAACUCGAAUGCAAGCACAAGUACUCAGAGGCAGUUUAUGAGGCCUGCAUGGACUCGUUCUGCGCACUACCUUUGGCGGCGGUCAUGAACAAACAGUUUUUGUGCAUACACGGUGGAUUGAGCCCUGAGCUCCACACACUAGACGAUCUGAAGAGCAUCGACCGUUUCCGCGAACCACCUACACAUGGCCUGAUGUGCGACAUCCUGUGGGCCGACCCGCUUGAGGAGUUCGGACAAGAGAAGACCAACGAUUUCUUCAUUCACAACCACGUCCGCGGAUGCUCGUACUUCUUCUCGUACCCCGCUGCAUGCGCCUUCCUCGAGAAGAAUAACCUGCUUUCAAUCAUCCGUGCUCACGAAGCCCAAGAUGCCGGUUACCGAAUGUAUAGGAAGACUCGGACCACUGGAUUCCCAAGUGUCAUGACCAUAUUUAGUGCACCGAACUAUCUUGACGUGUACAACAAUAAGGCAGCUGUUUUGAAAUACGAGAACAACGUCAUGAACAUUCGACAAUUUAACUGCACACCGCAUCCUUACUGGUUGCCCAACUUCAUGGAUGUCUUCACCUGGUCUCUGCCCUUUGUUGGCGAAAAGAUCACCGACAUGCUUAUCGCCAUUCUCAAUACCUGCUCCAAGGAAGAACUCGAGGAAGAGACCCCUAGCUCUUUGGCAUCUGCACCUUCAUCGCCACCGCUCUCCAGCCUGGAUCCAGAUUCGACAGAGUUCAAGCGACGUGCCAUCAAGAACAAGAUUCUGGCCAUUGGUCGUCUCUCUCGCGUAUUCCAAGUGCUACGUGAAGAGUCUGAACGGGUUACUGAACUGAAAACAGCAUCUGGAGGUCGGCUCCCAGCGGGCACGCUCAUGCUCGGUGCAGAGGGAAUCAAGCAAGCGAUCCACACGUUCGAAGAUGCCCGUAAAGUUGAUCUACAAAAUGAGCGACUCCCGCCAAGUCACGAAGAGGUACGGAAGUCCCAGGAGGUCAGUCGAGAGCAGGCUCUCGAGAAGGCAACCAAAGAGGCAGACAACGAUAAGGGACUGGCCAACGUCGCAAGGAGAAUCAGCAUGUCAUCUGGAUCCAGCAGCCGCAGCAAAAGGAGCUAGAAGCCCCUGAUGCGUUCGAGAUCAUGGAGUGACGGUGAAAGUCAAAUAAAGAAGUCAAACAACGUGUAGGGUUUUGGUUUCAUGGGGUGAACGAAUUGUGAUGUGAUCAGUAUACCAGGCAAGC